GAGGCGGAACUUCCGGGUGAUGGAAAGUUGUCAACAGUUUCGUUGGAGGAGAAUUAAUCUGUAAAUCUGAGUUCAUUAGUAUCGCUUUAAAGUAAAUCCACUCAGAAACUCCACAAGAGAACCGAAGCUGCGGGAUUUCGGCGACUGUCGCUGCGGAGCCGAGAGAUCCUGAGGAGAUUUUGUGAUUCGUACUUUAUUGGGGUGGAUCUGAUGCAAACUGAUGGAGAAUAAACAAACUCCUCGGGUGUGGAUGAUCAAUCUGAAUCAGUCUCCUUGACUCUUAAGGGAUUUUAUUUAAAACUCUCUUACUGAUUUCAGUUUAACGGAAUAUUUUGUCCUCCUCCAGGGAUUUUAGGUGUGGACGCAACAUGUGAGCUGUCUUUAGUGUGUUGAAGUUCACACAAUCUGUGACUGUACAACUUGACUUCUUCAUGGGAUUACAGAAUGCUUUGGGCUCAGCUUUGGUCCUAAUUCACAUUUCUAUUGGGCUCAGGUUCAAUCCAGAUCCAGUAAUCUCUUCUGCACAGCUUUCCUUUGAUGUAGUGUUUCGUUUUUGACAGAAACGCACUGAUUCGUGUCUUAUAUUACCCUGAUGCGGGUUAGUUUGGUGUAAUUAAACGUCAGGUUUCGGGCUGCAAAAGUGUUGUGCAAUGCUUCUGUUUCUGUGCGCACGUAUGCGGGUAUUUGCUUAAGGGGACAGAGGAACGUGCGUGUACGUGCGCGUUCUGUGACGUCAUUUCUGCGUGAACUCAGUGAAAUCAAAUCUCAUUCCAGUUUUAAUUCGAAUCAACCCUAUGCAGCCCGAACUGUAGUAUUUAUAGUUUGAGUAUGUGAAAGUUUUACUCUUAAAGUUUCUGAGUUUUGAUGUGCGGAAUAUUGGAAGUUCUUGUAAUUAACAAUUAAAUGCUCGAUCCACCUUUAAAUCAAAUUUGUAGACAGAACUGUAAUGUUUAUAGUUUGAUUCUAAGUUUUACUCUUAAAAGUUGCAGAGUGUGUUUGAGCUUUUACACAAAAUUGCUGAACUUUUAAUUUACGGUUUAAAAGCGUGAUAAUUCGAAUCAAAUGUUUUCAAUUUUCGGUAUACUUUUUUUUUUUUCUUAAAGUUGGUAAAUGUUUAAGCUAGUUUUAAUUUGAAGUUAAAUGCAUGAUACACUUUUAAUUUGAAUCAAAUGAAACUGUAAUUCCACACUUGAUUGUGAUCGAGUUUGAUUUAUUGCAGGUUCUACUCUUUAAAGAGUUUUCGAACUUUUCCUCUUGGUUAAACGCAUGGGUUCAUUUCUCAUUUCUGAAUAUCAGAACUGUAACAUUUAACAUUUUGAAUUUUCUAUUCAAGUUAUACUCUUAAAGUUGCUGAGCGUUUUGAGCUUCCACACUUGCUCUAGUUUUAAUUUAAAGUCAAAACCAAUUCUAAUUUGAUUCUAAUUUGAAUCAAAUGCACAGCCAGAACUGUUACAUUUAGAGUUUGAUUAUAUUCAAGCUUGAUUCUUAAAGUUGUGUGUUUGAUCUUUUCCACUUGCUCCAGUUUUACUCUUAAAGUUGCUGAGCGUUUUGAGCUUCCACACUUGCUCUAGUUUUAAUUUGACAUCAAAAGCGUGAUCAUUUCUAAUUUGAAUCAAAUGCUCAGUCAGAACUGUUACAUUUAGAGUUUGAUUGUAUUCAAGCUUUACUCUUAAAGUUGUGUGUUUGAUCUUUUCCACUUGCUUCAGUUUUAAUUUUAAGUUAAAAGCAAGAUCCACUUUUAAUUUGAAUCAAAUGAGCAGUCAGAACUGAAACUCCAGACAUUGUGAUUGAGUUUGAUUCUUUGCAGGUUCUUUCAAAGUUGUCGUGUCACCAGUUCUCCGCAGACGGUAGCACAACGUUGACGGAAACAGAACUUCUUGUUUUUGUAGUCACUAAACUAGUCCUGCAGACCUAAAAAAAAAAAAAAAAAGCCCUGACACGCUCAGGCAUUAAGCUGCAAGAGGAAACCAUCUAAAACGCCCUAAUUAUGGUAUUUAUUUUGUUAACAUCUUUUGGAUGGGCUGCUUGAUCUUGAAAUAAUCAAAUCUGUGCAUGCAUGGUGAUUAUAAGUCUCUUUAUUGUGUCCUGAGCUGUGAAUGCACAUACUGCACAACUGCCAGAGGAAACAGCCAUCAGAGCCGAGACUUGCGCAACUGCUGGGCAGAGAAACUGCUCUUGUUACUGUACUGGCUGUAGUCGAAAUACUCCAAACAGCCGCAGGGAGAAGGAGGAUAGAGUGCCAAGCGCAAUGGAAUAAAUGUGAUUUAUUUUACUUUUGAGUUUUACCACGUACCUGUGAGUUCACCUGAGGACAGAGAAUAUGGUUUAUCUGAUCCAGAUCCACCCUAGAGACUGAGUGACAGUAAACCAGUCUUGCUUUGGAAUGGUUAGGAUAUCCGUUUCUUAAGGAGAUUCUUUCACUCUUUUUUCGCUUUUUCUUUUCCUGCCAGAGUGUGAAAUAAUGAACAAGGAUCGGGCUUGGAGCUCUUAAGCAUAACGUCAUACCGCUCGCACACGCUCUGUCCAGAAUGAGUGGUGGAAAGAAACGGAGCGGUUUUCAAAUCACCAGCGUUACUUCGGACUACAAUCAGGGUUCUGGAGAAAACCAUCCGACGGAGCUCCUCAGCCCCGGGGCUCAAAGAGCCACGCCCCCUUCUGCCAGAACUCCCGCCCACGGGCGGACCCCCGGAAGCCAGACUGCAUCGCCCACUCAAAUUACAUCCAAUGGCCCGUUACUGCGUCAUAGCCCCGCCCUCCAGAUGCAACAAAGCUCCAGUCAGCCGAACACGCCCGUCACGGCCAGGAAGCAGAGUUCGCUGGACGCCGGCGGGGCUUCGCGGUUUCGCGUGGUACGUUUGGACCAGGGACCGGGCGAGCCAUACAAACGUGGCCGGUGGACUUGCGUGGAUGUGAUGGAGAGGGAGGUCGAGGAGCGAGGCCUCCGCCGUGUGAUUGACAGCAUGAGACACGCCCACUCGCUGGAGUCCUUAGAGACAGUGGGGCUGGGCGGAGCUGAAGGCGCGGUGGGCGGAGCCAGACUGAAGCCGUUGGGGGUGCACACAGGUCACAUGGUACACUCACAGGGCACCAAUUACUUGCUCAGCCAAUGCCGGACAGACUCCGCCCACAGCGGCCCACCCUCACCCUCGCUCGACACGCAGCCAAUCACGUCACCACACUUGCCGAACACACCCCGUAUACGCAACAUACCCGCCCCGCUGCGCCUCGACAUGGAUGCCGUUGGCAAGCUACGGACCACCCGCUCACAGCCGGCAUCGCCCGGACCGCAUCUGGGUCGGGACAGUCCUUUCCAUCCUGGACUGACGCCCAUCCAGACGCCGUCCGCCCUCGCAUUGGCGCAGUCCAUGUUCGGCAUGGGUCGAGCGUUCGAGCUUGUGGAAGACGACGGUGGAACCAACAGCAGUAUGAUCGCCAUCGAUAACAAGAUAGAGCAAGCUAUGGACCUGGUGAAGUCUCACCUGAUGUUGGCGGUUCGAGAGGAGGUGGAGGUGCUGAGAGAACAGAUCAAAGAGCUCUCGGAGAGAAACGCUCAGCUGGAGAGAGAAAACUACAUCCUCCGAGCCCUCAGGGACAGAGACUGAGCCAAACGCAUGACACUAGCACCAGUGCAUCAUGGGAGAUGUAGUUCGAUGAGUAAAGUGCCCAGGAAAAAGGGAAGGAAACCAGAGGAGGUGAAGCCAGCGUGUGCAGUAUUGACCAAUUAGUGCCUUAAACACCAGUAAUGACUGAUAGCGCUGCUCACAUGCUCUAAUUAAGAGAUUGCAAGAUAAUUAAAUAAUGUUGAUUUUUAUGACGCCCUAAACAGUGCCUAUUUAUUACUGUCAGUGUGUGUGUGUUAGUUUUAAAGCACUGCUCACAUCUAGGUUAAUAAUAAAUCUCUUUAUGUUGACCACCGCUGGCAGAUGGAAAGACUAGUUUAGUUAACUUGCUCUCUCUCUGUUAGUUUAAUAAUGGUUUGAUCUGUUCUGCAUUAUGCGCUUUAAUAAAUAACUCUCACUA